AUGUGCGGAACAAGCAGGUAUCUGCAAAGCCAAGGUGGUGGAAGUGUUAACCAGUUAGGAGGGACGUUUUUCAACGGCAGACCUCUACCAGAAUCCAAGAGAAUUAAGGUAAUUGAGCUGGCCUCAGAGGGAUUCCGCCCAAGUGAAAUAUCCCGGAUUCUCCAGGUGUCCAACGGGUGCGUCAGCAAGAUCCUGUGCCGCUACAGGCGCACAGGGCUGGUGAAGCCUAAGUCCAUAGGAGGGAGCCGCCCUCGGCUUCUCACCCCCAGCGUCAUCUCCACAAUCAUCCAGUGCAAAAGGGAAAAUCCAACUAUUUUUGCUUGGGAAAUACGAAAACGGCUUUCAAGAACACGUAAAACCGCAAAAAUUCCUAGCGUGUCAUCCAUAAAUAGGAUUCUAAGAAAAAUCCACUUGGACCAUGGAAUAAUGUGCAUGGAGGUCAAUGCUGCCAUCAGGGCUGGACAGGAUUUUCUUUCUGUGGGUAAAGAAGCAAAUGAAGAAGCAAUGAGCUCUGAUGACCAGAAAUCUGAAGGAACACAUCACAGGAACCGCACCACUUUCACCCCAGACCAGAGCAGAGCACUCGAGCAAGAAUUCUCCCAGAGCCAGUACACUGAUCUACACACAAGAGAGAAACUGUCAGCUGAAAUUAAACUUCCAGAAGACACAAUCAAGGUUUGGUUUUCAAACAGACGGGCUAAGUGGAGGAGGGAAAUGAAACAGAGAAGUAGAACAAAGACUUUAGACCUGCGACAGCAGAGAGGAUGUAUUCCUCCAAAUCCAGCCCUCACACACAACUUUAUAUUGCAGGACAUGGGUAUAUUAAGAAUGAACUGUCAAAACACCACCUUACAACCCAGUGGCAUCCGGAAACUACAAAAUGGCUACUUCUCUCAAACAACAGCCGUUCCUCAGCAGCUGUGUGACAUGUUGCCACAGGCCGUGGACAGGACAGCACAGCAUCUCAACAGAGAUGCAUUCACUUUCCCACCUGUUCAAGAUAACACGUACCCAAGGAACACUUUCCAGCUGGCCUCUGAGAACAUCAGAGCCCACAGCCCUGCCUCUCAGCAGUGGAACCAGCAGAGUGUGCCGUUUAUGUGGAGUCAGUUUCAAACCAAGGAAAAGUUCCUGUACCCCCAGGAUGUGCAUCUUCCAGAAGAAACUCCAUGAGUACCUUUUUAAACCUCCCUGUAAUUGUUGGCGCAAAUAUUAAGCUGAAGUCUGGAGCACAAAGCAUUUCUCAUCUCAUGUUGAGCAACCCCAAAGUUGGCUGAAAAGCUCAUCCAGCGUGAACUCCACACCACUUAAGCCGACGAUGUCCUCAUUUGUCAUCCGAACAUUUCUAAGGAUGUUAUAAUUUAUCCCCUCGACUGGUUGUAUUGAUAACCCCUGCUGCUUCAGCCACUCAAGAAUAUUCAUCAUACACAAGGAGUUUGCUUCUCUCAGCGGCAGAAGGUCAUGAGUGCCAAAAACAGAGCAAACAGAAUUACAUGAAAGAAAACAUGCACAGCAAGAGAAAUGAUUCAAUGUAAAAUUGUUUAUUAAAAAUAGGAAUACAAAGGAUACAAAAAUCAGAAAAUUUCAUGGAUACAAAAGAAAUAGCAGCUGCAUUUUAUAAGUAUGCUAUUCAAAAAAUGUACAACCCAGAUUUACAUAUUUACAUUAUGUUAGGCUAUAUUAAAUAACAGUUGCAACACUUUCAGGGCAUAGUCACAACAAAACUUCCAUUAAACUAAUAAUCUUUGCCAUGUGGUAUUACCUGUCAGCCAAGGGAUACAUUUUCUGGAUUUUCGAUGACAUUCCUUUUAUUUGUGAAAUAUGCAUGACUACUUUUGGGCUGCAAUCAUGUUGUAAAUAUUGUUGCUGCUUAUUUAUUCAUGAAAACAGAUUCAUACUGUAGGCCGUAGAUUUGUGAUUGUUCUUUAGACUAGCAAAGGAUCAUCAAAUAAACUUUGAUUUCCUGAAAAAAACUAAAACGUUACAACACAAAGGAAAAAAACAAAGUCCUCAAAUGUUUUUGUCUGUUUUAGCUAAUGAGCUCAUUUAUAAAUGAACUGAGAUGAGAUGGAAAGUGGCUCUCUGAUGGAUCAAAGUUGAAAUUCAGAAAUCAUAGAGAGCACAAGCUUGAGAUGGAAUUACAACGGCACAGCUGCUGGUUUAUCAUUGUAUGGUGAUAAGGCUCCAUAUUAUAGUUCUUUUAAACCAUGUUUUAGCAGCUGAUGAACCGUCUCUACCUUUUUGUAGAAUCUGAGUGAACUUUACAUUUGUUUUCUUCACAUUUCACCAAGGUUCCCAAUUUCUUUGAAACCAUGUUUGUAAUAUAAACCCCAAAGUAAGCGUACCAUCAAAUUAUAAACUCAAUUAUGACAAUUUUCUUCCUCCCACUUAAAAAAAAUAAAUAUAAAUUACUA